AUGAAGGUGUUUAUUUUUUGCGUUGCUUUUUUGUUUGCCAAUACACAAGCAAUACUUCUUCAAUAUCCUAAAGACUAUGUAAAAAGUUCGUACGAGGGUCGUAUCAUUGGUGGCCAAAACGCACCGGAAGGUUUCGCGCCAUAUCAAAUUUCACUUCAAAGUUCCUCUGGUUAUCAUAGCUGUGGUGGUGCUAUUAUUGACAAGGAUUGGAUAUUAACCGCUUCGCACUGUGUUAGCUAUAAAUCACCAAGUGAUUUGAUUAUUGCAACAGGAUCCAAUCAAUGGGAGAAGCCGAAUGCCACAUACGCAGUAAAAUCAAUUCAUAUGCAUUGUCGAUACAACACACCGUACUUGCAUAAUGAUAUAGCCUUAUUGAAAUUAAAUUCAUCGAUCGAAUUUAAUGAAAAAACUCAGCCAAUAGCAUUGCCAACAGAGCAGAUGAAGGAAGGCGAUGAGGUAAUUUUAACGGGCUGGGGCUCGACAGAGCUGUAUGGUGAUACUCCGGAUGAUCUGCAGAUGAUUUACUUAAAAUAUUUGCCUCAUAAGAAGUGUAAGGCAGCUUUUAACGAUUCCUCUGACGUGGAUGUUGGACACAUGUGUACCUAUACGAAGUAUGGAGAAGGUGCAUGUCACGGUGACUCUGGUGGGCCUCUAGUGAGUGCCGGAAAAUUGGUUGGCAUUGUUAAUUGGGGCUACCCUUGUGGCAUUGGCUAUCCAGAUGCACAUGCAAGUCCAUAUUUCUAUGUGGAUUUUAUUCGACGUGUAAUGGCAGAAAAUACAAAGUGUGUAACAUAA